AUGACAAGACCUGAUCUAGCAUUCAGUGUGCAAACACUGAGUCAAUUUAUGCAGCAGCCUAAGAACUCUCAUAUGGAAGCUGCUACAAGGAUUGUUAGAUAUGUUAAUAAUCAUCCAGGACAGGGACUUCUACUGUCGAGCAGUAGUAAAGGAACCUUAAAAGCCUAUUGUGAUGCAGACUGGGCUGCUUGUCAGAACUCCAGGAAAUUUGUAACCGGAUAUUUGAUCAAACUAGGAGACUCCUUGGUCUCAUGGAAGUCAAAGAAGCAAACAACUGUCUCCAGGAGCUCUGCAGAAGCUGAGUACAGAAGUUUAGCAGCUACUGUUGCUGAGCUUGUAUGGCUAGUUGGACUGAUCAAAGAAAUUGGAAUUGAAGCUACAUGUGGACAUCUGCUGUGA